AUGCUUAAGAAAAUUUUCCAAUUGAUUUUUGCAGCUGCUUUUGUGAACUUCUGUGCAGCCUUUGAUUUUAAUGACUACUACACUGCUCACGAUCAAAUGGAUUUUCCAGAAUCUAUGACGAGAGGUGAUGCGGCUUUCCUACCAAUCAAUAGAUUUAAUCCAAGCAAUAGAUUUGAAAUGAGUCCAUUAUUACUACCAACAAGUAUGUUCGAUACGGAUCGAUAUUUCCGAUAUAACGAUCUAUCAAACAUGGAUCCAUUGAAUGUAAGAAGACAAUCAGAAAUUAUUAAUGUCCUAUUGGGACUUCCUAGAGGUCUUGAGGAAGCUGGAUAG